AUGUCACUAUCAGAUAAACAAAACAACAGCACGUCCGGCAAACCGCACAUCUCACAAGCCAACUCUGCCUUUAGGUCCAACAGAUCUCCGUUGACACCAAAGCUGGCUGGCUUCAAUUCUCACCUGCCUCGAAAACUUGCACACUUUGACUCCCCGAGCCCGAAUAGUGCCCGCACCCCUGAAGCGUCGACGCCCAACUCCUCUACUAUUCUCAACGCGAAUAUCACUCCACGAUCUGGUCAGAGAAAGGCCCGAAAGGAUGGAAACUUGUCUCCGGCUGCAACGCCCACUCCUCCGGGCCAUCUUGGCCCCCGUCUCGCCAACCCGGGGACCUCAAAGGGAAAUCACACGGAGGCAUCGCCUAGCCCCCAUGAGCAGACGAGCUUAAAUUUAAGAGUCUCGAGAGCGAAGAGCAUGAGCAGUGAAACUUUUGGCUAUGUGUCAAACAAUCGUCCGGCUUCAUCAUGUGGCAGCUCUGUUGGUACCCCGAUGUUCUUUCGCGCAGACGACGCCCGUUCCUCAACGUCUUCCUCAUACGACAUUGAACCGAAGCCUCAACCACCAGCAAACCCAUAUCUAGCUCCCAAAACCUUUAUUUACGCCGAUGGCAGGACAGAAGGACCUACCAGUUCCGCGGAUUCCUCAUACAAGCAGCCGGUUCCGGUCAAGAAGCCUGUACUCGCACAACCCACCCCUAUAAAACCGCCAGAGUUAUUUGUCUCCCCCCGACUUCAAGAAACACCCCCGUCAACAACCCAACCUAAGCAAUUUACAGGCAGUGCAGCGGAGCAGCAUACCUUUAGUCCAAAACUUGUGCCGGCACAGGAAAGGGCCUUCCCUCAGAUAUCCAAUUUUACUUAUCGCAAUGAGCAGACGCCCGAGAGCCCCCAUAGAUUCGGCCAUAUGAAAUCUCCCAGCUGUGACUCUACACAAACCGUUGGCCGGAAACAUUCCUUUCUCGCUAGCCCACUAAUCCGUCGCCCUACACUCAACCAAGACGGCACACCCCAACCCCAAUCCGCGAAUGGCUCGGUCGAUCAGAGUCCUGGAAUCUCCCAUAAUCCAUCACCUUCGUCAGAAGAUAUAUCACAGCACCUCUUCCCACGAGCCCCUAGCCCAUCCAAAGAUGAUGGUAAUGAACUGCAGAGAAUGAAUGAACUGGCUGCCAACGCGAGACGGGAGCGAAAAGUGUUGGACCUAGAAAUCAGCAAUUCAUCCCUCCUAGCCAUAAACCGUGCUCUGGAGCGAGAAAUGCGAAAGCAGAAUGCGGAACUACGUCGUUUCCGUCGUUUAAGCCGUUCAGGCCGGUUAUCUAUGACACCAUCUCGCCGGUCAGUGUCAGGUGGGCUGUCGAUACUCAGCGAAGCCGACGGAGACGAUACUGAAGAUUACUCCCAUUCUCACCUGUCCUCUGGCUACUCGGCCGAUGAGCUAACCGACACGGACGACGAAGUUGAACCUUCGAGUUCCGAGGAUGACAAUAUGAGCUCUGGUGGUGUGGCAGAACAUGAUGAGAAGCAUCGAGCCAGGGACGAAACCCGGCUAUUGCUUGACCUUUCUAAACACCAACAAUUACUUAUCGACAGCCAGAAAAUGAACCAAAGCAUCAAGCGGUGUCUCGGGUGGACAGAGAAUUUGAUAUCUGAAGCUAAGAAAGCCUUGGAAUACAAUGUCCAUGUUAGCGACAUCGAAGUUGGUGGGCGGGUUCUUGCUCCGGAUGAGUUCGAUGGUGAUUAUUUUAGCAAUAGCAAGGGUCUUCUAAGCCCUACGAUGGAACUACCCUGCCCUUCUGAUGUACCUUCACUCGGACAACCUGAGGCAUCCGAACCGCCCCCUUCUAUACCCCUUAGGGAUACCAGUGAUCAUCCUUCGCCUACCGGAGAGACGUGA